UUGACCAACAGAUUAAAAAGCGAGCACAUCACAACAAUAAGGCAAUUUACCAAACAGGAAAUAGCACAUAUAUUCAAAAAUAUGAGUCCCAAAAAAGCCCCUGGAGCGGACGGCCUAACGUCGGAUAUCUGUCAAGUCGCGUUCGAAACUAAUCCGGAAGUCCUACAAGCACUGUAUAACAAGUGCCUGAUGCUUGGUUACUUCCCAAAAACAUGGAAAAAGGCGACAAUAAAAGUAAUUCCUAAACCAAAUAGGGAAGACUACUCCCAGCCAAAGUCUUACAGACCUAUUGGUCUGUUGCCAGUGUUAGGCAAGAUACUGGAAAAACUAUUUGUCAACAGAGUCCAAUGGCAGCUAGGAAAACAAGACAGGAUGAGUCAUAGGCAAUACGGUUUCACUCCUCAAAGAAGCACAGAGGAUGCCUUAUACGACAGUAUUACUAUAAUAAAGCAAGGCUUAAAGAAAAAAGCCUUAGUCGUAAUAGUAUCACUCGAUAUAGAGGGCGCAUUUGACAAUGCAUGGUGGCCCGCCAUAGUAAGUCAACUCAAUUCUAAAAGAAUUGAUACAUCCAUGCUGAAAAUAAUAAGUAGCUAUCUGUCUGAGAGGGAAAUAUGCCUUAAGUAUGCUGGACACGCAAUACAAAAACCCACUAAUAAAGGGUGUAUCCAGGGAUCUACCUACGGCCCCAUGCUUUGGAAUGUCUUACUCGAUCCACUACUGCAAAGUACAGAAAAACUUAACACCCACGUACAAGCUUUUGCCGACGACAUCCUAAUUGUCGCUACCAAUCAAAAUGGCCAAAAACUCGAAGAAGAAGUGAAUGACACACUUAGAAUUAUAACUGAAUGGGGCCAAAAAUAUAAAUUAAGAUUUGCCCCCCACAAGACCCAAUCAGUAAUAAUCACCAAAAAACAAAAAUUUCACCGACCUGUUUUAAAAAUGGAUGGAGUAGAACUUCAGUUUUCGGAUCGAGUAAAAAUUCUGGGUCUAACAAUAGAUAAAAACAUUAACUUCAAGCCUCAUCUGGAUGAUGUUUGCCGCAAGGCCAUAAACAUAUAUAAAAUGGUCUCCAGAGCAGCAAGGGCUCAUUGGGGGCUAAACUCGGAGAUUAUAAGGACAAUUUAUUUAGCCGUAGUCGAGCCGACUAUACUCUACGCUGCCAGCUGUUGGGCCGAUACAACGGAAAGAAAAUAUAUUGAACAACGAAUCCUCAACAGAAUAACACGCAUGUUCAGUAUCCGUAUAUGUAAAGGACAUAAAACCAUCUCCCUCGUCUCAAGUGUACUUCUAGCUCAAAUUAUCCCAUUAGCACUACGAGCUGAAGAAAAUGCGGAGAUAUACGAAAUCAAGAGAGGUAAACCUAUAAAGUCACUCCCAGGAAGGUGCCUGGAGACGAGGAUUAGUCCAUAUCAUCUACCACACCCUGCUGACAGACGACAAAGAUAUUUUAAGUUAAUAACAACACAAGAAGACAUGGACAAUAUUAAUAACAACUGGAUGAAUAUUUAUACAGAUGGAAGCAAGAUGAACAAUAAGGUCGGAGCUGCAAUUACGGUCUGGCAAAACGGUAAAGAAAUCAAAAACAUUACUUGUAGACUAGAGAGUUAUUGCAGCGUCUACCAAGCGGAAUUGAUAGCCAUCCUAAAAGCGAUCAAAUUCGUGAUAGCUAAAAAAAUUUCUCAAGCCAAUAUUCUAAGUGAUUCCAGAUCAGCAAUAACAACCAUCUGCAACCCAUCAGCACUAAAUCCCAUCGCUGCAGAAAUAAAUUCAGAACUUAACAUCCUAGAAAAAAGAAACGGGGUAAUAAAUUUUUACUGGAUAAAGGCUCAUUGUGGACUAACGGGAAACGAGAGAGCAGAUGAGUUAGCUAAAUAUGCCGCUGCUCAUAAAAAGCAGAGACCCGCAUACGACUUGUUCCCAUUGUCAUACGCCAAGUAUCUCACCAGAAGCCACACCUUGCUAAAUUGGCAACACAAGUAUGAAGAGGCAUCCACCAGCGAAACUACAAGAACUUUCUUCCCGAGCAUCACGAUGGCAUACAAAAUACUUAGAAAUAUAAGCUUAACUAACAUCAUAACGCAAUUACUAACCGGUCACGGUGGAAAUAAAGCCUAUCUUUAUAGAUUUAAGUUGGCACCGUCCCCACAUUGCACAUGUGAUAAUAGCUCAUACCAAACACUUGAGCAUAUAAUUUUAGAUUGCCCACGUUUUGGCAAAAAAAGGUUCGAGUGCGAGUGCAGCAUGGGAAUGGACUUAAAAUCUAAGAAUCUAAGCUUAAUCAUGGCAGAUGACUAUUGCAGAUCUUAUUUUCUAGGCUUUGCUCUCUCUAUAUUAAAAGUCAUAAAUAAAGAGAACGGAAGUAAAGUGGUGGACUAG